AUGGAGUCAUUUGACGAUAUCCACCUCGAUCUCUCCAAACAGCCCGGCAAAUGCAGACUUGCAGAGUCCGGUUUGGGAUGGAAGCCGGCUGGCGGUGGAGCUGGUAGUGGGACUUUCACCCUCGAUAAGUCGGAUUUGCAGAGCGCGCAGUUCAGUAGAGCUGCGCGUGGCUUCGAGCUGAAGAUUUUUGCGCGGGCCGCGGGCGUCGUUCAACUGGAUGGCUUCAAGCAGGAAGACUUUGAGACAAUACAAAAAUGCUUCAAGGUCUGGUAUGGCGUGCCGUUUGAGCAAAAGGAGCACGCUCUAAGAGGCUGGAAUUGGGGCAAGAAUGAGAUGGGUCGCAAUGAACUCACCUUCAACGUCCGCAACCAGCCUGCCUUCGAAAUUCCAUACACCGAAAUCUCCAACACCAACCUGGCAGGGAAAAAUGAAGUGGCGGUCGAGUUCUCGCUCCCCGCAGACGGCGACGAGACUGGCACAAAUGGCAGCUUGGGCGGUGCAAGAGCAAAAGGCAGAAAGAUGGGCGGCGCGGCUGACCAGCUGACUGAGAUGCGCUUCUACAUCCCAGGAACGGAGAAGAAGGCCAAGGACGACGACGAAGGAGACGACGCAGACGAUGCYGAGGAUAACGAAGAGCACAAUGCUGCCACGCUCUUCUACGAGACACUCAUGACCAAGGCCGAGAUUGGAGAAGUUGCAGGAGACACAUACGCCACCUUCCAGGAGAUUCUCCACCUGACACCGCGUGGUCGCUUCGACAUUGACAUGUACGAGAGCUCAUUCAGGUUGCGCGGAAAGACUUACGACUACAAGAUCUCGUACGAGAGUGCGAAGCGCUUCUUCCUUCUGCCCAAGCCAGACGAUCUACAUCAGCUUUUGUGCAUUGGUCUCGAUCCUCCCCUCCGACAAGGCCAGACUCGCUAUCCAUUCUUGGUCAUGCAAUUCAAGAAGGAGGAGGAAGUCGCGAUCGAACUCAACAUGACAAAUGAACUGCUCGACACCAAGUAUGCCGGUAAACUCCUACCCAAGUAUGAGGAGCCCAUCGGACGGGUAGUUUCAAAAAUCUUCCAUGGACUUACUGGCAAGCGACUUAUUCAACCCUCGCACGACUUUGUCAGCCAUCAUCAGAUGAGCGGCGUCAAGUGCAGUAUCAAAGCGAACGAGGGUCACCUCUUCUGUCUGGACAAGGCUUUCCUGUUCGUGCCCAAGCCUGCAACCUAUCUCUCUUUCGAACACGUUGCAUCAGUCACCAUGAGUCGAGUCGGCGGAGCUGUUAGUGCCAGCCGCACAUUCGACAUCACGGUGACUUUGAAGAACGGUAGUGGUGAGCAUCAGUUCUCCAACAUCAAUCGCGAAGAGCAGGCUCCACUGGAGCAUUUCUUCAAGAUCAAGAACAUCAAGACCAAGAACGAAAUGGACACCGACAACUCCAUGCUUGCCGCGGCACUGGCCAACGACCCCGAUCUUGCUAGCAGUGAUGACGAGGAAGUUGUGGCCCAAGAUCGAGGCAGCGCAGAUGAGGAUGACGAGAGUGUUGACGAGGACUUCCAAGCUGACUCGGAGUCUGAUGUUGCGGAGGAGUAUGACAGUGAUGCCAAGAGUUCAGGAGGCAGCGAUGCCGAGAUGGAAGAUGCCGAUGGAGCGGGCAGUGAGAGUGAUACGGCGGCAAAGGUUGAGCCUCCCAAGAAGAAGGCCAAGAAGGCGGCUUAG